UUUAAAAACACAUUUCGAAAGUGUCGACGUCGUGUGGCAUUGGUGUAUCUUCAUGUUGAAUUAUCGCUAAAAUUUGUAAUUCGAUUGAGUAGUUACGAUGUCAGAACAUGUGUUACCGGCCGAAGAGCCGAUCAGAUUUAUAGCUCCAGUUAUUCAAGAUAAUCCAACAGGAUGGGGUCCAGCCGAAAUGCCGGAGCAAUUUCGGGACAUGCCUUACCAACCUUUUAGUAAAGGCGAUCGCUUAGGAAAAAUAAGUGACUGGACCGUCGUUCAAGAUAAGAAAUACCAAAACAAGUAUGCGUCUCAGUUCGGCGCUGGCUCGUCGUACGCUUACUUCCACGAUGAGGAUGAGAGUACGUUCCACCUGGUGGACACUACCAGGGUACAGAAGCCGCCGUACCAGCGAGGACGCGCCCGUGGACAGCGCGGCCGCGGGGCUAGGGGCGCGCGCACCCCCGGCGGCAUGACCACACUCAACAAGUCUGGAUACAUGAGAAAUCAACGUGAUCGCAAGCUUGGUAAGCGUUGGGGCCAGAGAGGAGCUCCUAUGAAGAUCCGUGAUGCUUCCGUCACUGUGAGGCCUACAUGGGUCACCAUUGAAGACAUGGACUUCCCACGACUUGCCAAGUUGUCUUUGCCUGGCAUUAAAGAAGGUGAAGACAUUGUGUGCUGUGGUACACUUGAAUACUACGACAAAGGCUACGACCGUGUCAAUGUGAAACAUGAGAAAGCUCUGCAGCGCAUUGACCGUAUCUUCCAUACGGUGACUACUACCGACGACCCGGUGAUCCGUCGGCUCAGUAAGACUGUGGGCACAGUGUACGCUACUGACGCCAUCCUGGCCACCAUCAUGUGCUGCACACGCUCCAACUACUCCUGGGAUAUUGUUAUUGAGAAGAUUGGCGACAAGCUGUUCUUCGACAAGCGCGACAACACGGAGUUCGACUUGCUGACGGUGAACGAGACGUCGGUCGAGCCCCCGACCGAUGACGGCAACUCCAUCAACUCGCCCCGCAACUUGGCUCUCGAAGCUACAUUUAUUAACCAUAACUUCAGCCAGCAGGUUCUGAAGAACGGGCCCAACGAGCCCAAGUACAAGUUCCCGGAACAGAACCCGUUCGUGUCGGAGGAGGAGGAGGGCGAAGUCGCGUCCGUCGGGUACCGCUACCGUAAGUGGAACCUCAACAACGGCGUGACUUUAGUCGCCCGAUGCGAGCACGACGCAGUAAUGCAGGGUCCUCAGAACGAGACCCAGUUCCUGAGCAUCAAGGCUCUGAACGAGUGGGACUCGAAGCUCGCCAACGGCGUGGAGUGGCGCCAGAAGCUCGACACGCAGCGCGGAGCUGUGCUCGCCAACGAGCUCAGGAACAACUCCUGCAAGCUCGCCAAGUGGACCGUCCAGGCUCUGUUAGCCGGCUCUGACCAGAUCAAGUUCGGUUACGUGUCCCGGUCGCAAGUGCGCGACAACUCGCGCCACGUCAUCCUGGGCACGCAGCAGUUCAAGCCGCACGAGUUCGCCGCGCAGAUCAACCUGUCCAUGGACAACGCCUGGGGUAUCCUGCGGUGCAUCAUCGAUAUCUGCAUGAAGCAGAAGGAUGGUAAAUACCUAAUCAUGAAGGACCCCAACAAGCCGCUGAUCCGUCUGUACGACAUCCCCGACAACACGUUCGAGUCGGACGCGUCGGAGGAGAGCGGAGACGAGCAAGCCGACACGCCAUUCGCACCACUAUACUCUUACGGAAACCCCAAGAGGAUUUAGACAUAACGCUAAAAAACUUAACAUUAUAUUCAUUACUUAAACUCUUCUAUUAUUAUUCCCUCAGAUACAAUAUUAUUGUAUAGUUGUAUUCUAUUUGUCCGUAUCUUCCGAUUGCGUGGUAAUCUGUAUAGGGUUGCCAUAAUAAUUUAAGGUUUUCUGGUAAUCAGUAUGUAUUUCAUAUUUUUAUUCUGCCGAAUACAAUUUUAUAGUCACA